UUCCAUCUCUGCUGAAAGUUGCUCCAUCUAAAUCGCUCAUGAGCCGAUUUUGAUUAUUAUUCUCUGUGCUCUUGUCGCGUGUUCAAUCCCGACUUUAUCACGUAUUACGUUGAGAUUGUUGGGUUAUGACAAUGCCUGAAGGUUCAGGACCUAGUCAUUUCAAGGCUCCCCCGAUUCAGGAUAAUCCAGAUGGAUGGGGGCCGCGAGAUAUGCCGGACCAGUUCAAAGACAUGCCGUAUCAACCUUUCUCAAAAGGAGAUCGUCUAGGAAAGAUUUCAGAUUGGACUGGUGCUGCCAUUCUAGACAAGAAAUACAAAGACAAAUAUCAGUCACAAUUUGGAAGUCUGUCUCAGUAUGCAUACUACCAUGAAGAAGAUGAGAGCUCAUUCCACCUUGUCGAUACAGCUCGCAUUCAGAAACCACCAUACCAGCGAGGCCGCUUCCGUCAGAAUCUCCGCAACAUGCGUGGUAGAGGUAUGCGAGGUGGAGGCGGACAGUUCCAUUUCCAGAUGCUGGGUAAAGGAAAAAUGCAGCAAGGACUUCGGAAAGGUCAGACUGCAAACAGAGGAUUCCGCAAGCAGCAAGGUAUGCGAAACAAUAGGAACCAAGCCCCUGUCAAAAAUCGUGACGCUUCUGUUACUGUUCGAGCUGAUUGGAGUAUUAUUGAGGAAAUAGAUUUUGCCCGAUUUUCAAAACUAUCCCUACCGAACGUGAAGGAUCCUGCAGACCUUACCUGCUGUGGUGCCUUAGAGUACUAUGACAAGACCUAUGAUCGUGUCAAAGUGAAAAAUGAAAAACCACUUCAGCGCAUUGAGAGAAUUUUCCAUACUGUAACAACAACUGAUGAUCCUGUCAUCCGAAAGCUGUCCAAAAACGAAGGCAACGUCUAUGCAACUGACACUAUCUUGGCAACAAUCAUGUGUUGCACACGCUCAAAUUAUCCAUGGGAUAUAGUCAUAGAGAAAGUUGGCGAUAAAUUAUUCUUUGACAAGCGUGACAAUACAGAAUUCGAUCUAUUAACGGUCAAUGAAACUGCUAGUGAACCUCCGCAAGAAGAUCCCACAGGUGUCAAUUCCCCGAGGAACCUAGCUCUUGAAGCGACAUUCAUCAACAAUAACUUCUCGCAGCAAGUUUUAAAAACAGCUGAAAAGGGUGAUCCACGCUACAAAUUCCCGGAGCCAAAUCCCUUCGCAUCUGAAGAGGAGGAAGGAGAAAUUGCAUCUGUCGGUUAUCGCUACCGGAAGUGGGAUCUUGGAGAUGGUAUUGUGCUAGUAGCCCGUUGUGAGCACGAUGGAGUGCUAAAAAUGCCCAACGGCGAUGUUCUAUUUUUAACAAUCAAGGCUUUGAAUGAAUGGGAUCCCAAGCUGUCUGGUGGAGUGGACUGGAGACAGAAAUUAGAUACACAAAGAGGAGGUGUGCUAGCACAUGAAUUGCGGAACAACGCUUGCAAAUUAGCCAAAUGGACUGUCCAAGCUCUUUUGGCCGGUUCGGAUCAAAUGCGAUUCGGGUAUGUCAGUCGAGUCCACGUGAAAGACCCAUCUAAGCACGUAAUCCUAGACACACAACAUUGCAAGCCACAGGAAUUCGCCGUGCAAAUCAACUUGAACAUGGAUAAUGCAUGGGGUAUCCUCAGGUGUAUAAUCGACUUGUGUAUGAAACAGAAGGACGGAAAAUACUUAAUAAUGAAGGAUCCAAACAAGCCUUUAAUAAGAUUGUUUGCCAUUCCGGAUAACACAUUCGAAUCAGAGGGCGAAGAGGCUGAUGAGGAUGAAAUGGGCAUGAAAACUUGGUAAUCAGUCUAGGCCAUUAUCCGUACACUAUGUCUCUGAAGAAUUCUACUUCUAACGUAGGGAAAAAAUUCAAUUUUUUAUAUGUUGUGAUUUUUUAUUCGUUAUUGUAUAAGAAAAAUUAUACCACCCCCAAAAUUACAA